AUGGCCCUGGAGCAAUGGCUUCUCCGUGGUGGAAACGAUCGAAGCGACGAGAAGACCUCCAGAAUAAGGGGAUUCAACAAAACCACAUCAACAUUUUUGUUCAAUUCUCCAAAAAUCAUCAGAAACAUUAACAACAAUGAUGUCAAUGUUAAUGCUACUAACUUCCGGACUAACAAAAUUUUAAAAUCAUCAUCACCACCAAAUGAAAUUUUGAAAAUCAUGCAAUUCAACUGCAAUGGCAUCCGAAAAAGGCGAAAGGAAUUAGAACACCACCUCAUUUCCAACAACAUCCAAAUAGCGGCAAUACAAGAAACCAAACUUUCAUCACCCUUAAAAAAUAUCGAAUUUUCCAACUACACAGUUUACCGCAGAGACAGGUCAGGUAAAAAAGGCGGCGGACUACUCAUGCUUAUCAUCAACAGCAUUCAGUAUGAUAAAAAACCACUACCAAGCCCAAACAAUGACGUCAUUGAACAGCAAGGUAUCACCAUCAAAGUCAACAACACUAUGAUCAACAUCAUAAAUAUCUACAUUCCACCUCAAAGUAAAUGCCCAAAAAUGUUCAAAGCAUCACUUUCUCAUCUGCUUUCCAUACCAAACCUAAUAUUACUUGGUGAUUUUAAUGCUCAUCACCAACUUUGGCAUUCAAGCCUUCAAAACGAUCGUGGAAACAAACUGGCUAGCGAAAUUGACUGUUCAAGCUGCGCUACACUCAACAUGAACUCAUCUACCUACUUACAUACCAACGGGAAACUUAGCUCACCUGACAUUUCAAUUACAUCCUACUCUCUAAAAAACAAAAUGGAAUGGAGCACCAAAAGAGACCUUACUUCUGACCAUUUUCCAAUACACAUCACUUUUCUAACAACUUGCAAAGCUACAAAAACAUCUAGAAUUCCAAACAUUCCAAAACAUUCAAAAGCAAAUUGGAACAAGUACAAAAUUGAAACCAAAAACAAAAAGAAGAAGAAGAAGAAGAAGAGGAGGAGGAAGAAAAAUGUGGAUAUAACUCAUCGAAAUAGCAACCCAUAUAAUUUAAAAGUUGGUGAAUUGGUAGUCGGAAAUCGACGACCGAUUAAACGUCGUCUAUUUGUUUUGUAUACCGGAUUCUGGUUUGAUAAAGUUUUACAAGUGAAUGAUUGA